CAGAGGCGCCUGCGCCUUGGCUGCUGGUUAGUUGCUGGGUAACCGCGUCGAGGGAGGAGACGAUUCCCUUCUGCAAGGGCGCGGAGGACCCACAACGUCGGCUGUCCCCAAAGAACCUCUGAGACUGGGAAUUGAAGUGGAAGAGAAUCUGGAUUUUCUGUGCGUUAUUGAGGGGAUGGACAAACUUCUUGUCCUCAGGCAGAGGAGCGUUUUGUAGGUGCUCCAAGUGUUGAGAUGCUUCCUGCCUCUUCAAAGAUGCCCCACAAACAACCGCCUCCUCGUAAGCAGAGCAUCACCAUGGGCAGAGGAGCCAGAAAGAGAGAUGAAGACUCAGGGACUGAAGUAGGGGAAGGGACAGAUGAAUGGGUGCAGUCCAAAGCCACAGUUAAACCCCCUGACCAACUGGACUUGACUGAUGCGGAGCUGAAGGAGGAGUUCACCCGGAUUCUGACGGCCAACAACCCACAUGCACCCCAGAACAUUGUCAGAUACAGCUUCAAAGAAGGCACAUACAAGCUCAUUGGCUUUGUGGACCAGCUGGCAGUUCACUUCACCCAGGUCGGGAACCUGAUCCCCAAAGACUCGGAUGAAGGGCGGCGGCAGCACUACCGUGAUGAGUUAGCAGCCGGUAAGCCCCUGGCAAUAUCCCACCAAGGUUCUCAGGAGUCCACCAAGGUGGUGAUUUCAGAAACAGAAAUCCUGGAAGAAGAAGAAGAGCCCAAGGAAGCUGAAGCUGGGAGUCAAACAGAUGUGCCUAUAGUUGAGGCAUCUGAGAAAGUGGCUGAAGAAGAAUUGAUGACUUCUAAGCAGCCCAAGGAGCGAAAGCUCACCAACAAGUUCAACUUCAGUGAGAGGGCCUCACAGACCUUCAAUAACCCUCUCCGGGACCGAGAAUGUCAGAUGGAGCCUCCUCCUAGGACAAACUUUUCAGCCACAGCCAACCAGUGGGAGAUCUAUGAUGCCUACAUGGAAGAGCUCGAGAAGCAGGAAAAGACUAAAGAGAAGGAGAAGACAAAGACCCCAGUGGCUAAAAAGAUGGGGAAAAUGGCCAUGAGGAAGAUGACAUCUAUGGAGUCCCAGAGUGAUGACAUCACCAAAGUGACCCAAGCAGCUAAAAUCGUGGAGCGGAUGGUCAACCAAAACACAUAUGAUGAUGUUGCUCAGGAUUUUAAGUACUAUGAGGAUGCGGCUGACGAGUAUCGGGACCAGGAGGGUACCCUGCUGCCUCUCUGGAAGUUCCAAAAUGACAAAGCGAAGCGCCUGGCCGUCACCGCCCUCUGCUGGAAUCCAAAGUACAAUGAUCUGUUUGCAGUGGGACAUGGCUCCUAUGACUUCAUGAAGCAGAGCCGUGGCAUGCUGCUUGUAUACAGCAUGAAGAACCCCAGCUUCCCUGAAUACAUCUUCAGCAGUGAGAGCGGCAUCAUGUGCCUGGACAUGCACGUGGACCACCCCUACCUGGUGGUGGUGGGCCACUAUGAUGGCAACGUAGCCAUUUACAACCUCAAGAAGCCCCACUCCCAGCCCUCCUUCCGCAGCUCAGCCAAGUCUGGCAAGCACACGGACCCUGUGUGGCAGGUCAGGUGGCAGAAGGAUGACAUGGACCAUAACCUCAACUUCUUCUCUGUGUCAUCCGACGGCAGGAUCGUGUCUUGGACGCUCGUGAAGAGCGAGCUGGUUCACACUGACGUCAUCAAGCUGAAGGUGGAGGGCAGCACCACGGAAGGUCUCGAGGGCCUGCAGAUACACACAGUGGGCUGCGGCACUGCCUUUGACUUCCACAGAGAGAUUGACUACCUGUUUCUGGUGGGCACAGAGGAGGGAAAAAUCUACAAGUGCUCCAAAUCCUACUCCAGCCAGUUCCUCGACACCUACGACGCCCACAACAUGGCCGUGGAUGCUGUGUCCUGGAACCCCUACCAUACCAAGGUCUUCAUGUCCUGCAGCUCCGACUGGACAGUGAAGAUAUGGGACCACACCAUCAAGACCCCGAUGUUCAUCUAUGACCUCAAUUCAGCUGUGGGAGAUGUGGCCUGGGCACCGUACUCGUCCACUGUAUUCGCAGCAGUCACCACCAACGGGAAGACCCACGUGUUUGACUUGUCCAUCAACAAGUACGAGGCCAUCUGCAACCAGCCCGUGGUGGCCAAAAAGAAGAACAAGCUCACCCACGUGCAGUUCAACCCCAUCCACCCCAUCAUCAUUGUGGGUGAUGACCGAGGGCAUGUCACCUGCCUCAAGCUCUCACCCAACUUGCGCAAGAUGCCGAAGGAAAAGAAGGGCCAGGAAGUACAGAAGGGGCCAGCUGUGGAGAUCGCAAAAUUGGACAAACUGCUGAACCUGGUGAGGGAAGUGAAAACCAAGACCUGAGGGCCUGGCCUUCGAACCUGGCCCAUGUCUUGAACCUAGUACUUGUAGCCCCUGACCCUGAUACCCCAGUCCAGCCUUAGUACCCAGUAUGUGUCUGACACUACCCCUGAUCAGGUCCCAGUGCCCUGCUCUGGCCCUGGUCCCAUCACCUCACCCCAGGACUUGGUCCUCAACCCCUGUUACCCUCUCCUACUUUGCACAAAUAAACCUGUGU